UCAACCAUAACACAUUCUCACUACAGAUUUUCAUUAACCUCAAAAGUUUUGAUUCCAAGAUCAAUGUUCUUAAUCCUCCCUAUUUUCCCAAAUAAACACACAACUAACCUAAUUUCAAGGGAGAACAAAACUAGCAUUCUCCUUAAUCACAUGUAUAUCUAUCACAUACAAUGUUAACCAAACGAAGCAAAUAAUUUUGUGAAAGAAAACACAACUUUCCCAGAGCGCUCCUUUAACUUGAUGAAUCUUACCAAUUGCGUAUCAACGGCUCAGAUGUCAUCAGGCAUAAUGACGCGGAUAGCAAACAGAUCCAACGGUCCAAAAUCAUUAAAUUAUAAACACGCGGAUAGAUGAUAACGACCGUCGAUAAACUCAGAUCCAACGACACACAACUUCCUAAAGUUUUGUAAAAAACACAAGCACUCCUCCUCUUCUCGUCGUCUCAUCCUAUAUAACAAACUCAAUUUUCAUUUCAAUCAAUCAAAACCAUUCGGCAAAAUCAAAUAAUCUUUUUCUUAGUUCGAAUUUAAUUUCCCAAGAGAAAAAUGUCAGGCCGAGGAAAGGGAGGAAAAGGAUUAGGAAAGGGAGGAGCCAAGAGACAUCGGAAAGUACUCAGAGACAACAUCCAAGGGAUUACCAAACCUGCGAUUCGUCGUCUCGCGAGAAGAGGAGGCGUGAAGCGUAUCAGUGGUUUGAUCUAUGAAGAGACUCGCGGCGUUCUCAAGAUCUUUCUCGAGAACGUGAUUCGUGACGCCGUUACUUACACGGAGCACGCUCGCCGGAAAACUGUUACGGCGAUGGACGUCGUUUACGCUCUCAAGAGACAAGGACGAACUUUGUAUGGAUUCGGCGGCUAAAUCGUUCGGAUUGCAAUUUCGGAUUUUGUAAACUCUUCAAUUUCAGCAUCUAGGGAUUUCAGAUUUGUAAUUUCUCAGUUAAACGAUGAAUGAAUUGAAAAAAAAAGAAUUGUCUUCAACUUUAAUUUUUAAUCAUAUACAGUAAUCGAAACGUGAUUUAACUAAUCCUCUGUUUAUUACGAAAUCAUUCUAAUAAUCGUAACGCCACUUUCGCGUUUAGUUAAAUUUUCCCUGUGAAAUGCUCCGUAUGGGCUCAUAAUAAGUUACAGUAAAA